AUGGACCCGGGCGCUGGUGCUCAAGUCGACGGUGGUGAUGGACUCGUCUCCAUUGUGACCACGGGAUUGAGGGGGGUGAGGAUUGCACCGCGCACCGCCGCCGCUGCCCAACCUCCUACCGGCACCGACACCGCCCCCGCCGCCGCCGCCGCCGCCGCCGCUCCCACACCGUCUCGAUCAGCUUUCGAAUACAUGACCAUUAACCAGGCGGUCAAGGAAGCGUGCAUGUACCCCCCUGAGGACUCGUGGGAGUCCGAUGAGAUUGCCUCCGACAGCGAGGAGGAGGGCCUUCCCCGGAGGGUGUACGCGCCCGCGUACAAGAACGGACCCCUCCGGUCCAAGACACGGUGGGGGAGGAGGAACGGCAAGCCGUAUUACCCGGACUGGUACACGGAGUCCAUGUAUGAACCGGUGGACGUUCCGUUCACGGAAGAUGCCGAGAUUCAGGAAGGCGAACAGGGCGAAGAGCCUAGCGAGGGCCUAAAGGAGCUAAAAGGCGGCAUCGAUGGGGACGACAACAACAUGGACGUAGACUAGAUGCCUAGGGCGAUUCUGGCAAUGACAGUGGGGGGG